AUGGCUGUUUCCUUUGCUUUCCUUCGUGACUUGCAUCCAUACAAAACGAAUUGGAGAGUGCAAGUCAAAAUCCUUCAGUCAUGGCAUCAAUAUACGCCUAAGGCUGGUGAAACACUCGAGUGUAUCUUAGCUGAUUCCACGGAUACAAAUAUCCACGCAUCUGUCAAGAAGGAUUUGGUUAUUCGCCAUGAAAAUCAGUUGCUUGAAGGUCAAUGGAGAUUCAUUGAGACAUUCAGUCUAACCAAUGCUGCUGGUUAUUUCAGACCUACUGGUCACGUGUACAAGAUUAAUUUCCUUAACGGUACCAAUGUUAGGGCGAGUGACAAUGUUUGUGAGUCAAUUUUCUUAUCCCUUUCAAAGUUUCCAAAGAUCCUUGCACACGAGGUUAAUACCAGCAUCUUGGUUGAUGUGAUUGGUCAAGUUGUUAAUGUUGGUGAUGUUGAAGACCUUGAUGUUGACAAUAAACCAAUAAAAGAGUUCAAAGAUAUUAUCUGUGUCGCAAACUCAUUUGAUGUAACUCAGUUGAGAUUGAAUCCUGAAGUUGCUGAAAUCCAAACCUUUGUUGAGUCGAUCCCAAAAGAUGGUCUGAUGCUAACCUUCCGUGGGAGUAAGCCAAAGAGAUCUGCUAACUUCCCUAGAGGACCUGAGAAUCUUCUUGCAUUUGAGCAAAAGACGAUUAGGGAAUUAAAAGACUCCUUCGAGGUUGGGAAAGCUAAGAUUUUGUGUACCAUCUAUGGUGUCGAUACCGACUGGUCUUGGUACAAGCUUCACGUGAAAGUCAUGGAUAACACAGGUGAAACCAAACUCAUGCUUUUCGACACUACCGCUGCUGAUGUUGUUUCUGAGAGUGCCUACACGGUUCUUAAUGGUUCAUACGACGAGGUAUUAAUUGAAAGCCACUACCCCUUAAGGAGACUACCUAAAGCUGAAGACCCAUGA